CAAUUACUAUCUUUCACCUAAAUUGUUGACGAGUGGAAAAGAGUGAUGUAAUCUCUAUGGUACAAUUCGCCCACGUGCAACGCAACGUUUUGCCCGUUCACUAUCACCGAUCAUUUUUUUUACUACUUCCCAGAUUUAAAAUCAACACCGACACCUGUCUAUUAACUCAGCCGUCCGAUUGAUCCCACACUUUAAUCCAACGUACCCGACUAAGCGUAGACCGAUUGUUGAAACAAUGCCCGUGAACUGAAAUCAGCGUCCCUCUUCUUCCCCCCUCUUAUAAUUAAUUCUCCAAAACUUCUUGCUUUCAAUUUCCAUUGCUUGCUGAUUCUCUCGUCUCUUUGUGGAUAUACUGAAGAUGGCUGAGGCUGACAAUGGUGAAGAAAUCAAAACCUCUGGGUUUUCUUCUUCCUCUUCUUGUUCCCGUCGUGUGGCUCUCAAUGAGAGGAUUCUUUCUUCAAUGACACGGAGAUCUGUUGCUGCUCAUCCAUGGCAUGACUUGGAGAUUGGGCCUGGUGCUCCAUCAGUUUUCAACUGUGUGGUGGAAAUUGGUAAAGGAAGCAAAGUCAAGUACGAGCUGGACAAGCCUAGUGGACUUAUCAAAGUUGAUCGUGUUCUCUAUUCAUCUGUUGUUUACCCACACAACUAUGGUUUUAUCCCUCGGACCAUUUGUGAAGACAGUGAUCCCAUGGAUGUGCUGAUACUGAUGCAGGAACCAGUGUUAUCUGGAUCUUUCCUUCGUGCUCGAGCUGUUGGAUUAAUGCCAAUGUUUGAUCAGGGUGAGAAGGAUGACAAGAUUAUAGCUGUAUGUGCUGAUGACCCUGAGUUCCGCCAUUACACAGACAUCAAACAGCUUCCCCCCCAUCGCCUGGCUGAAAUCCGUCGCUUCUUUGAGGACUACAAAAAGAAUGAGAACAAGAAGGUUCUUGUAGAGGACUUUCUGCCAGCUGAGGCUGCUAUUGAUGCCAUCAAACACUCCAUGGAUCUGUAUGCAUCUUACAUUGUUGAAAGCUUGAGGAAGUGAACUUGGUGAUCACCUGGCAUUUUACAGUGUGAUUUUUUAUCGAUCAGUUAUGCUAUUUGUCAUCCAAACAUCUAAUCAUAUUUUGCUAAAUAUCUGAACAUGCUAAGAAUUCAGUUUGGACAAUGCUCACGCUGCUCUUAUAUAAUAUUACCAUCUACAUUGAAUCUUACCUGCAUCUUUGCUGUUUGUGAGAAUUGAAAAUUUUUGGGCUUGUGAUGAUGAUGUAAAUGGGUAUAAGUUGGUUUAUGCAAUGCAAGGAUUGGGAAUUUGUUCUUUGUAAUCUUGGAUUUUGCAGUAGGAUCGGGAUUUUUUUUUUC